AAAAGAAAAUUUAGAGGGGCAGAGCUGCAAAAAUCCGCCGCCCUCUCCUUCUACCUCCCGUUUCCUAUCGAUCUCUCCCGUACGAGAAUCUAUAUUUUUUUUUGUUAAAUCGUGUAUCGGCAUUUUGCCAAUCGCACCUCCGAACCCUAAUUUUCUGGUUCGAUUGGGUGUCCUUAUGGUUUUAUUUUGGAAUCACGCCGAUCAGAAAACCAGUCUCUGAAAAUACACUGUUAAUUCCACACCAUAUGACACUUUUUUGACACUCUCUCCCUCUCCCUCCGGUUUCCUUCCCCUACUCCUCCCUCUGAGGGUUUCUCUGGUUACGCGCGCUAAUGGAGAAUAGCGGCAAUAAUAUCUCUCAACCUCAGCAGCUUAAUAAUCUGCAAUCUCGCCGUGCCGGCAAGACGGCGUUUGUUUCAUCGGCGUGGAGUCACGUCGUUAGAGGGGAGUCAGAAACAAGCUCGGUGGCUCCUUUGUCUCCACCGGCAGCUGUUUCUUCCCCUACCGCUCUGUCGGAACAAGUCUUGGGUUCCGCUUCGUCCUCUUCAAAUACGGAUGAUGAGAUCUGUAAUGGCAAUGCUGGUAAGAGACCAGCUUGGAAUGUACCGUCUAAUGGGGCUGUAGAGAUUGGACCUGUUAUGGGAGCUGUUUCCUGGCCUGCUUUAUCUGAAUCCGCUAGGGUUUCCUCUAAAUCGUCCCCGCCCGAUGGAUCAUCAUCUGCGGUGCCUGUCUCGGGAGGGGGACCUGCAUCCUCGUCUCCUCAGAGACAAGUCAAUAAUAAUGCAACUCCCAACUCAACUCCAAACCAUACUACUCCACAGCGCCAAAGAUCAAUAAAACCGCGUAACAGCGCUCCUUCUGAUGGUAGCUAUCCUCAGCCCUUGGUAGUGUCACAGGGACACGUAGCGGAGGUUCAUCACUCAAAUAACCCUUCUCCUAGGGACCAUGGCUCAAGAAGUUCUCAGCUCCGCAGUAGUAAUGAACAGCAUUCAGGGCAGCAACGCAGUUCAUUCAGAAACCGCAAUGGUGGUGGCCCACAUUCUCGUGCAGAUGGCUCUUACAAUCAUCAUAGUUAUGGAGGAGGUAGGCGUGAUCAAGACCGCGGAAAUCAGGACUGGAAUACUCAUAAUAGGAGUUUCAAUGGUAGGGAUGGCCAUGUGCAGCAGCCACAGAGGGUCACACCGAGGUUCGUGAGGCACCCACCUCCUCCUGCGUCUACACCUUUUAUGGGACCUGCUCCAGUGCGGCCCUUUGGAGCUCCCAUGGGUUUCCCUGAAUUGGCUUCUCCUUUGUAUUACAUGACUGGUCCUCCACCUCCACAAACUUUGAGAGGAGUGCCUUUUGUUCCAGGACAAAUACAACCUCAUGCAAUGUUCUUCCCUGCUCCAGAUUUUCAGUUGCAUUCUAAAAUAGUGGCUCAGAUUGAUUACUAUUUUAGUAAUGAAAAUUUAAUUCGGGACACCUUUUUGCGCCAGAAUAUGGAUGAAGAGGGCUGGGUACCCAUUAAAUUAAUUGCAGGCUUCAACAAAGUGAGUUUAAGCCUGGCAAUCCGGUUGUUUGAGCUGUGUUUGAUGUUCUUGGUUUCACAUUUGACUGAUAACAUACAGUUUAUAUUGGAUGCGCUCAGGUCUUCCACUGUGGUAGAAGUGCAGGGUGACAAAGUAAGAAGAAGACACGACUGGAUGAGGUGGUUAUUGCCACCAUCUGUUCAGUUUCCAAGUGCCCCUAGCCCUAGCCCUCAAGGCCUUGGGAAGUCGAAUCAAGAGAUGCUUGCGGGUAACGUGCAAAACAUGUCCUUAGAGGAGGUGAGUGGCCAGAGUAACGCGAGACGUCAAGCUGAUAUUCAAUCAAAGGCAUUCCAAAGUAGAUCUUCGUCAGGUGAUUUUAGUAGUCAACCACAGCCAUCAUCUAGCCAUGAAGGUCUGGAUCACUUCACUUCUGCCAAGAAUUGAAGCGUGGAUGUGUUCUGAUGCACAUCGAUGGUGCUUUGGACGAAAAGUGUGGAGCGAGGGGAGGGUUUCAACAACAUGGAUGGGUAGUGGUCUUGCCUUGAUCGCGAUGAAACAUGGUUUCUCGUCGAGGUCUUCUUCUAGAACAUAUAUGGUGGUUUAGGAAACAAGGUUCCAGCUUUUGAAAAGACCAAACACAAAAACAAAACAAAAAAAAACUAAAACAUCAAUUUCUUUUUUAAAAAAAAUGAAAAAUCGGAAAGGAAAUGAAAAAUCAAAGGAAAAUUAGAAACAUAAGGCAGUAAACGUUUUUAUGGCUGAAGAUGGUGGCAUCAGAUUAUUGGAAUUUUGUAAAGAAUUCAUUUUUUUCUUUGGGACUAUUAUCCUUUGAUUCCUCCCGCCUAAUUAUUCGUUGUGGCACCAUUGGUUUGAAUGGGGAAUUUUUGACAUUGCUCCCUGUAUGUUAUGGUAUUGCUCAGCCAAUUUUAGUUCUUAGGGUUAGGGGUUGCAUUCAGGGACGCCGAGUCUUUUUUUAUAGACAAUACGGCGACGAGAAAGUGGCGCAUUGAAUUGUCUUUUGCGACUGGUGCGGGUGCCGUUGGCCGAGCUCCAUCUGAAUCUGACGUGUGCCAAUUUCUCUCUUAUUAAUAAUUUUGAUGAUUAUGAAGCCUUCUAGAAUAAUCUUCUUUUGCUGGAUGUAUGUUAUAAUUUGC